AUGUUUAUGCUCCGUAACCUGAGUAAAUUCGUCUUCGGCGACAGCUCCAAGGAAACUAUUGUCGAAAUCCCCCAGGGCCAGCUCUACCUCGUUCGCCCUCGCUCCGUCAAGGGCUACUCUGAGCUCAUUUUCAAGGACGCCGCUGCUACCAUCCGCCGCACAGGACAGGAGUUCCAGUACCAGCUCGUCAUCCAGCGCGCAUACGAGGAGGGCGAAGAAGACUUGCUAGAAGAAGGUGGCGAAGACGCAGCGCUCGACGCGUUAGCCGCGGAUAAGGACGAGAAGACGUUUCUACUCGACGAGGGCCUUCAGUUCCGCACUGACGUCCGCUCGACUGGCGAGAAGAUCUUUGCCUGGCGCGAUCUCAGCGGUGACGUCGACGACCUCUGGGAGUUUGUUUGCGACACGUCCAUCAAGCCUGAGACCGCAGCGCUAUUCGAGCGUGUAGCUCUACAGUGUGUCUACGAGCGCAAGUACCGGAGGAGCCACGAACACGCAACCGAAGACGAUCUCGAAGCCCUCUCAUACUACGAAGAGCCCAUCCCAGACGCGAGUCCCAUAGCGAGUCCCACAAGCUCAGCUAUCCUCCCCGCUAUAGCCCCACCGGCCGAAGAGCUGUUUCCAAAUACCACAAAGGAAAAGAUGGCAAAGAAGGCGGCAGGCAAGGGCAAGGCACCCGAGGUUACAGAAGAUCCGACGGCUGCCCCGCCAUCUGUUGCGAAACCAGAUGCCGUGGGAAUACUUGCAGAGGGUCAGGCCGAACUCCAUCUGUUCGACUUCCCGUCUGGCACCUUCAUCCUACAAGAUUCCAGGGUCCAUGUUGAAGUGACCGAGCUUGGCAGCUGGGAAUACUGGCUCCAUAUCGUUGGCGAGGAACGCGAGUGGCUCGGCCAACCCAUCAUCGAGGACAUCAACCCUGUCUUCAACUACGAAUACAAGUCAUUCAUCUUCAAUCACUACCUAGAGGAUGGCUCCGCGUACUCGUGGCUUCUGAAGUUUAAGGAGCAGGAAGAGCUUGAAAACAUGCAGCAGGGAGUCAUGCAGUCUCUGUGGGAACAUCUUCACCAGACCAAAUGGGCGAAGGCGCCGUCUACGAACCGCGACUAUGUUCUGGAAGCUUUCCAAGACUUGACCAUGGAAGAUGCGCCCGAAGAAGAGCAGGAAGAAGAAGAGUACGAGGAAGAGUUCGAGAGCGCAGACGAUCAGCGCAGCGAACACUACGACUCAGACGAAUCUGAAGACGAUGUGGAAACUGGUCCCAAGGACGGCGCCGAGAACUCCCAGCUGGCGGUUGGCUACAAGCACGACAGGUCUUUUGUGGUGCGAGGAAACAAAAUUGGUGUCUUCAAGCACACCGCAGACAACCAACUCCAGUUCUCCACUACCAUAUCAAAUGUCAUGACACCCAAGGGCAAGGCCUUCAACCCCAACAAGGUCAUGCUUCACCAGCAGGAUCAAGACAUGAUUCUCCAGAAUUUGGACAACCCCAACGCGCUUUACCGCAUGGAUCUGGAGACUGGAAAGGUUGUUGAUGAAUGGAAUGUUCAUGACGACAUUCCAGUCAAGGUCUUUGCGCCUGAGAGCAAAUUUGCGCAAAUGAGCGGAGAGAAGACCUUCCUGGGUCUAUCAGGGAACGCCCUCUACCGCAUCGACCCGCGCUUGGCAGGCAACAAGUUGGUCGAUGACCAGCUCAAGCAAUACGCUACCAAGAACGCUUUCUCCGCCGCUGCUACAACAGAGAAGGGUCAUAUUGCUGUAGCUUCUGAGAAGGGAGAUAUCCGUCUAUUCGACAGGCUUGGAAUCAACGCGAAGACGCUCAUCCCCGCCCUUGGUGAUCCGAUCAUCGGCAUGGACGUCUCAGCAGACGGUCGCUGGGUCCUUGCUACUACCCGAACUUACCUCCUUCUCAUCGACGCACUCCAGAAGGGUGGCAAGAACGACGGCAAACUCGGCUUCGAAAAGGCCUUUGCAAAGGACGAUAAGCCCCAGCCGCGCCGUCUAGCUCUUACACCAGCUCACGUUGCGCAAUUCCAGCAUGAGACCAAGGCACCCAUCUCCUUCACCACCGCUCACUUCAACACAGGUGUCGACGACAAGGAAACCACCAUCAUCACCGCCACGGGUCCUUUCAUCGUCACCUGGAGCAUGAAGAAGAUCAUCGCGAACCGCAAGGAUCCAUACAACAUCAAGCGUUACGCCGAGGAGGUCAAGGCCGAUAACUUCAAGUUUGGCUCCGACAAGAACCUCAUUGUUGCGCUGCCGAAUGAGGUCGACAUGGUGGCUCGACGCGCCUUGCAGAAGCCGACGCGCGAGAGUAUCGCUACGCCAUCACGUGUGGGAGCGAAUAGGCGCAGUGGCGUGCGUGGCAGCUAUCUAGGCCGCAAUGAGAUUGUGAAUAGUCCUUACUAGGGACUUUUCACGGCUAACGUUUGUGCUUUGAGAGGGUUAUAUUUGGCGUAUUGGAGCUUGAGAAUCUUCCAAGGCUAAGGCAGUGCUGAUUCCGGCUUUGCCCCGAGAUAUUGUGAUUCCCCUUAGAUCGAGAGAUUCGAAUGAAUAGUUAAUGAUUGUG